AUGGCCGACGCACUUGCUGCACAACUCGGCAACACUAAGCUGGAACCUACCCAAGAACAAAGACUGCAGGACUCAUUGAAUCUACCCCCCAAAGAUGCCCGCCCACAAACCGAGGAUGUCACUGCCACAAAAGGUCUUGAGUUCGAGGACUUUUACAUCAAACGCGAACUUAUGAUGGGAAUCUUCGAGGCUGGAUUUGAGAAGCCAUCCCCCAUUCAAGAAGAGACGAUACCAGUUGCUCUCACCGGCCGAGACAUUCUAGCUCGAGCCAAGAACGGUACCGGAAAGACGGCUGCCUUCGUUAUUCCCACCCUCGAGCGCAUCAACCCAAAGAGCACAAAGACCCAGGCAUUGAUUCUGGUUCCCACACGAGAGCUCGCUCUUCAAACAUCACAAGUUUGCAAGACUCUUGGCAAACAUCUUGGUAUCAAUGUCAUGGUUACCACUGGUGGAACUGGCCUGAUGGACGAUAUUAUGCGAUUGAAUGACGCCGUUCACAUCCUCGUGGGAACUCCCGGUCGAGUACUGGACUUGGCCAGCAAGGGAGUUGCUGAUCUCUCUGAAUGCCCAACUUUCGUGAUGGAUGAGGCAGACAAAUUGCUGUCGCCGGAGUUUACUCCAGUCAUUGAGCAACUCAUGUCAUUCCACCCCAAAGAUCGACAGGUCAUGCUCUUCAGUGCUACUUUCCCUCUCAUCGUGAAGUCAUUCAAGGAUAAGCACAUGCGCAACCCAUAUGAGAUCAAUCUUAUGGAUGAACUCACCCUGCGUGGUAUCACACAAUACUAUGCAUUUGUCGAAGAAAAGCAGAAGGUUCACUGCCUCAACACUCUCUUUUCCAAGCUUCAAAUCAACCAGUCGAUCAUUUUCUGUAACUCGACGAACCGUGUUGAGCUGUUGGCCAAGAAGAUCACCGAACUUGGCUAUUCCUGCUUUUACUCCCAUGCUCGGAUGCUUCAACAACACCGCAACCGUGUGUUCCAUGACUUCCGCAACGGUGUUUGCCGCAACCUGGUCUGCUCUGAUCUCCUGACCCGUGGUAUCGAUAUUCAAGCUGUGAACGUCGUGAUCAACUUCGACUUCCCGAAGAAUGCUGAAACGUAUCUUCACCGUAUCGGUCGUUCCGGCCGUUUCGGACACUUGGGUCUCGCCAUCAACCUCAUCAAUUGGGAAGAUCGGUUCAAUCUCUACAAGAUCGAACAGGAACUGGGUACUGAAAUUCAGCCCAUCCCUCAGAACAUCGAUAAGAAACUCUAUGUGUACGACUCUCCCGAGAACAUUCCUCGGCCGAUCUCCAACCCUCCCCCUCAGAGUGGUGCCGGAUCAGUGAACACGAACGGGGACCGACAGCCCCGACGUCACAACAACCAUGGCCAGUUCCAACAGGGCCAACCAGGUCAGCAUUAUAACAACAAUCGGGGCCGUGGGUCCUAUCGUGGCCGUGGCCAAGGUCAACGUCGCGGACCGUCCAACGACAACCGGAUGGCUUUCCAGCAACCGCCACAGCAACAACCUCCUCAGCAGUCCUAA